AUCGCGAUGCCUGUCCACUCGCUGGAGGAAAUGGACUCAUUCAAGUACAGCGACCUGCAGAACUUGGCCAAGAGCCUGGGCCUCCGGGCUAACCUGAGGGCAGACAAAUUGUUAAAAGCCUUGAAAGCUCACAUUCAACAGGAAGCAAGAAAAGAACAAGGAAAUCAAGAUGCAGGUCAACCUUCGGCAUCCUCUUGGGAUGAGAACGAGGUGCAGAGUACAGAUCGGGAACAGACAGAGCGCUGUGCCCCCCAGACAAAGAGAAGGGGCCGGGCAGUCAAAGGAACCUCCGACUCCCAGCAGGAUCAUUCAGAAUUGGGAAAAGAUGAUCCCACUGGAUUCCAGAAUCAGGAGCAAGAAAACCAGGAUCCCGAAACCGUUGCAGAUGUUCCUUCUCUGCCAAAUGAGGGCCCGGGGGCGGGGAAUGCCGUUUCCAUGGGGAGAGGCAGAAAACACGAAAGAAGAAAGUCUCGUUACGCACAUGGUGUCUCAAAGGCUGGAAAAAAUAAAAAAUCUGGAAGUACUACUCCAAAUUUUAAGAAGCUUCAUGAGGCUCAUUUUAAGGAAAUGGAGUCCAUCGAUCAAUAUAUUGAGAGAAAAAGGAAACAUUUUGAAGAGCACAAUAAUACACUUAAUGAAUUAAAGCAGGCCCUUCACAAGGGAGCGGUCGUGACUCCGACGGUGACUCCAGUUCCGCUCAGAAAGCGGCCCUCAGUGGCUUCCACUCCAGCCAGCCAGCGUCGCUCCCCACGUCCAUCUCAGGACACGGCAAGUCGGAGCAUCUUGUGGCCAAAGCGGUCAGUCAGGUCCUCCACACACUCUGCAACCAAAAUGAAUGUCAGAUUUUCAGCUGCCACUGAGGAUAAUGAGCAUAAACGCUCACUGACCAAGACUCCAGCCAGAAAGUCUCCACACGUGACCAUCUCUGGGAGUGCCCCAAAAGGCCCGGCUGAGCUCGGGACACGCACGGUGAAGACCUCCAAGGUGGAUUCUGCUGCUGUUAUGACCCCCUUCAAGCUGGCCACCGAGGCAAUACAGACACCCGUGUCCAGCAGGAAGCCAGUGUUUGAUCUCAAAGCCAGUUUGUCUCGACCCCUCAACUACGAGCCACACAAAGGAAAGCUGAAGCCAUGGGGACAAACUAAAGAAAAUACUUCUCUGAGUGAACCUGUGAGCAGAGUGAGCUUCUAUAAGAAAACUUAUAAACAACCUCAUCUCCAGACCAGGGAAGAGCAGCGGAAGAAACACGAGCAAGAGCGACGGGAGAAGAAAGCAAAGGUUUUGGGAGCUCGAAGAGGCCUCACUGUAGUGGCAGUGUAAUAAUUUCUUAACACUCUGUAAAUAUUCUGUUACUCUGGACCUUCCCCCCCGCCCUUCUGUAAAUAGUUUUAUGCUGUCUUCCUCAUUUUCUUUCAUCAAAAGACCUUCUUUACUCUGAACUAUUUUCAUAUGUAGUGUCUGUGGCCGCUUCAUCGAUUGCCUCUCUGGGGGGAAAGUAUCCCCACGGAGCUGAAGGUAGCGGGCUGAGAAGAGAGAGAAGCUGGGAGAGGAAUGGCAUGCCUUCAAGGCCUGGUACAGAAAAUCCACUGAUCUUAAUAAAAUAUGGGCCAUCAGCUUUGGGUAUUUCAUCGAUAUUCUAUCUAUGUAUCGAUGUUUUGUUUAUACUUAUAAGCAGCUUUGUUAGGGUCAUUGCAUGUAACUUCCACCUGUCACUCAUUAUAUUCUUAAAAACAAAACUUUAGUUCAUUCUAGCUUUGCUUACUUAAAAAUAAAAGGUACAGUCACCUGGAAAUUUAAGGAUUGCUUCUUAAAAGAUUGCUGUGUCCUGUCAGGCUAGCACCUUAUGGAAUAUUUAGAAAGGAUCAGAUUUGCUGAGCAUCAUAACCAUCUUUGUUGUACUUUAGUGGAGCUGUAGAAUUUUGUACUGCCUAAGAUUUUCAUAAAUAAAUGUUGUUCUCAUU